UCGAGCGUUAAUAUAUCCAAAAAUAAGCUUUUCCGAACGCAACGCCGCCGCCGUCUAGUGUUCCAUUUUCCUCUUACAUAAUCCGAGCCAAUAAAGAAAAGAGUUUUAGCAACUUUCUCCUCGUAGUACAGAGCAAAGAAAACGGUCGACACUUGCAGAAAGCAAAUCAACGAAUUCGCCUUAACUCAAAAUUUGACGCGUGCUCUUUCCUCACAACAAAGCUUUUCAUUUCGGUGACAGUGACAUUCGCGUCGCAUCUUGUUCUUCAACAAAUGUUCUCGUUGUGGGAAAAUCCACCAAACCAAUAGUGCAAUAGUGUUGGUAGUUGGCCCUGUCCCCGCCCGUGCUAGCUAUGCAUAAUCCUCAUUGCAAUAAUUUGUAUCAUCAUCAACAUCAUCUGCAGCAGCAAACAUUCAUUCAAAUGUGUGGUGCAGCAAAGUGAUAGGAAGCAAGGCACGCACGCACGCACAAUAAUCAUUUGGAUUAUUCCAUUUCCCCAAUAUCUUUCAAUAUCGAUUGGGGCAGAGAGAGAGAGAGAGAGAACGAGAGAGUGAGAGACAUAUAAACAAAUUCGUACCGUUUCGUUUAAGAGAUGUCAACGCCUAACAAGAUUACAGUGACAAAUAACACCGCUGCCAUUCCGAACGAACUUUUUGCGGGAUACUCCGAUGAACUGCUAAAUAUUGCAACCAUUGGGUGCAUACUUUUCAUGGUAAUCGGUGUACCGGGUAAUAUUUUGACAAUAUUUGCCCUUUCAAGAGGAAAGCAGAAUCGCAACUCCACAGCUGUUUUCAUCAUAAAUCUUUCAGUAUCAGAUCUGCUUUUUGGAGGCUUCAAUCUACCACUGGCAGCUUCCACAUUUUUAAGACGAGCCUGGAUACAUGGAGAUUUAUUGUGUCGUUUAUUUCCAUUGCUGAGAUAUGGUCUACUGGCUGUUUCACUGUUUACAGUCUCCUUAAUAACCAUCAAUCGUUAUGUGAUCAUAGCACAUCCACGUCAAUAUACAAGAAUCUAUCAACGUCGUCAUUUGGCCCUCAUGGUGGUGGGCACAUGGAUUUUAUGUUUCUCCAUUAUGAUACCCACUUGGCGUGGCAUUUGGGGCAAAUUCGGUCUUGACACCUCGAUUGGCUCCUGUUCGAUAUUGCGUGACGACAACAAUCGUUCACCCAAAGAAUUUCUUUUCUUGUUGGCCUUUAUGGUACCAUGUUGCUGCAUUGUCUUUUGUUACACGCGCAUAUUUUACUUGGUACGAAAGGCUGCCAUACGAACUAGGGAACCUGCCUCGAAACCGGCUGCCGCCAUACGAGCUAGUGAUUCUAAGGCUUCUUCUGGUGGAAAUAACGAAAACACUAAGAAAGAUGGUACUAUCGAUAGUGGUGAUGUAGCACUUAGACCCUUUAGUGUCAAUGAGGAUAUUGAAUAUAUCGAUGUUAAUUAUUCUUUGGAGAAUCUUCCCAUUUCAUAUAAAUCGGCAUGCAUGCCAGAUCCAUCAUUGCAUAGUUCUCAUGAAACCGAAAAAUCAAAAGAACCCUGCCUGAAUGCAGACUCCAAUCCACAAACGGAAAACGCUUCCAGACGUCAAAACAAACUCAAGACUUCAAUUAAGACCUCAUUCACGCGAUUCAAUCCACGCAAAAAUCAUUACGUCUCCAUGGUGAACACAUCGAAUGCCUCUGCCAUAUAUCCCGGUCGCAUGAGUCAAAAGGAUCGUCGACUAUUGAAAAUGAUUUUGGUGAUUUUUGUAUCAUUUGUCAUCUGCUAUUUGCCCAUAACGUUGACGAAAAUCUGGAAGGGUGCCACCGAAAAUCACAUAUUCAACAUCAGUGGUUAUUUGCUGGUCUACCUGACGACUUGCAUCAAUCCCAUUAUAUAUGUUUUAAUGUCUUCCGAAUAUCGUCAAGCUUAUUGGAAUCUCUUGAGAUGUCGCUGUGAGGGAAAUUCCCUGACAAAGGAUUUCAAUCGUAUGCCGAAAACAUAAUAGACACUAACAGUGGGGGCCUUAAUUUUAUUAUACACAGUAACUUCUUAUAUAUAAAAAAAAAAUAUUUUUUAUUAUUGUUUUAUCACACACACACACACACAUACAAACAUCCACAAAUAGUAUUUUAUUUUGUUAUUUAUAAAUUUUAAGAAAGCCUUCUUACACAAACACACACACAAAUAUUUAUUUAUUAAAUAUAGAUUCGCCACCUAAUUGUUAUUUGUUAUGAUCCCGAAAAAACGGUCGGCCGGUCCGAAUCUUGGCAACCCACCACCAUGGAUUUACAACUGAACUUGGUUCAAUCCCAUAUGCUAAUCACACAAAAUUUAACCGUCUGGGGACCGUACAAGACCAAAUCGGGAGAUCGGUUUAUAAGGAAGCCAUAUCAGGUUGUAGACCGAUUUGGGCUUUACUAAGUACAGUUGUCGGAAGUCAUAACCGAUCACCGCAUGCAAAAUUUUAGCUAAAUCGGACAAAAAUUGAGGCUUGGAGUCAAAUCGUGAGAUCGGUUUAUAUGGGAGCUAUAUAAGGUUAUAGACCGAUUUGGACUUUACUAACUACAGUUGUUGGAAGUCAUAACAGAACACCGCAUGCAAACAUUUCAGCUGAAUCGGACAAAAAUUGAGGCUUCCAGGGGGUCAAGAAGUCAAAUCAAAUUAUUGAAAGUCAUAACAGAAUACCGCAUGCAAAAUGUCAGCCAAAUCGAACAAAAAUUGAGGCUUAUAAAGUCUCAAGAAGUCAAAUCGGGAGAUCGGUUUAUAUGGAAGCUAUGUCAGGUUAUAGACCGAUUUGGAUUUUACGGUUUUUAUGGGAGCUAUAUCGAUUUUUAUAGACCGAUUUGGACCGUAUUUGCCACAGCUGUCGGAAGUUAUAACAGAACUCCACAUGCAAAACUUUAGCCAAAUCUUCUUCCAGUGGCUUAAGAAGCCAAAUCGGGAGAUCGGUUUAUAUGGGGGCUAUAUCCAAAUCUGAACCGAUAUGCCCAAUUUGAAAUCCCCAAUGAUCUUCAUCAAUAAUAAGUGUUUGUGCAAAAUUUCAAGCGCUAUCGUGAUUUCGAUAGCCGUACGGACGGAACAAACGAACCAUGUAAAAAGGCAUUAAGUUCGGGCGGAACGAACUUUGGAUACCCACCAACUCGGAUACAUGUGUAAACAUCCUUUCGUCAUAAUCCGGUGAAAUAUGCAUAAUUUAUGCACACAUAGUAGCUGUAUCGAAAUAUGGUCCGAUUUGUAAUCUCAUGUCAGCCGGUUAUACGCACCGGAUUGACCCCAUGGAAUCCCCAUCGGCAAGGGCGGCCGCCUUAAUGUAGAUUGAAAAGAACCCCGGACCCUGGUUCUGUUCGGUUUGCCAGAACUGCCUCCAUCGUCGGUAGGUGUCGGUGAGGUGUUACCAGUGCAGUGGGUGGGUACAUUUCCGAUCUUGCUCUGGUCUUACGUCACUACGGGAGUAUAGUUACACUGAAUAUGUUGCAAGGUCUAUAUGGGGGCUAUAUCAAGAUAUAGUCCGAUAUAACCCGCUUUCGAACUUAACCUGCUUAUGGACAAAAAAAGAAACUGUGCAAAGUUACAGCUCAAUAUCUCUAUUUUUAAAGACUGUAGCAUGAUUUCAACAGACAGACGGACGGACAUGGCUAGAUCGUCUUAGAUUUUUACGCUGAUCAGGAGUAUAUAUAUACUUUAUAGGGUCGGAAAUUUAUAUUUCGAUGUGUUGCAAACGGAAUGACAAAAUAAAUAUACCCCCCUCUUUUGGUGGUGGGCAUAAAUACAUUGGGGAGCAUGCGGUUUUCUGUUUACAAAACAAAAUUUCUCUCUCUCUCCUUUAUAGUCUAGAGUACAUGCUCUGGCGCCCAACUAGUGAAUGACAUGCAUUGAAGGUGCUUGGCAUAAAAGAAAGCCACAAAGAAAGUAUUUCUUUUCUGU